AUGGAUGAGAAAGACAUAAUUGGGUUGAUAUCAGGGGGUAAAAGGAAACGGGGGGCUAAUUGGACCAGCGAGGAGGAGAUAACUUUAAUUGAAGAGGUUUUAAAAUUCGAACAACAACUAUUUGGAAAGAUGAAAGGGGCGGGGGUUAAAGGGAAACAUGGAAAGGUAAAAGAAGAAACUUGGAAGUCCAUCACUGACACACUGAAUUUACAAUUUAAAAACGACAGAACAUCUGACUCCAUCUACAAAAAGUAUGACAACAUCAAACAGAGAGCAAAAGAGAAAAUUGAUGACAUACGCAGGCCCAAGACUGGGGGAGGUCCACCAUCAGCGCCCCUCACUCAGGCAGAGGAGGCCUUGUAUCAGGCAAUGGAUACGCGACCCAACAUUGUUGGCCUGGUGGGAAGCAUUGAUACCGAUGAACCAAUAACAUCUGUCCAAACACAAGAGUUAGCAGCAGUUGUUGAAGGAACCGGUGAUGCUUCAACAUCCUCUAAGAGCCCCGGUUUAAGUUUAUCAUUUAGUACAAAUUCAGAUGUACGGCCUAAGGAAAAGAAGAGGAAGAUGGUACCACGAGAGAUCUUGGAUGAUCUAGAGAUAAAAAAUAGUAAACUUGAAAAUGAGAAGCUGACACAACAAAUAAACAAGCUUGUUCAAGAACAAAAGAAAUUAGCCUUAGAGGAGAAAAAAUUGCAAACGGAGAUUGAAAUGCUUGAGAUUAAAAAAUCAUAUUUAUUGUGUAAAUGA